CAAAAGGCAUCUUACGUUGAAAUGCCUCUUCUUGUUUUGACAGUUUCUUUUCGAUAAACCUCUGCACGGAUACUGAGCUUAUCCGGGAUACAGACCACCGGGAAUUUCAGUGGCUAUCCACGGCGAAGCUACGAUGCUACUGACAGUGCAGUGAGCUGAUUUAGGGAGCCCCUUUCACCAUGGCAGAUGGACAUGAUGAUGAUGUCAUCCACCUGGGCAGCUUCAACGUGCACCGUAGCCAAGGCUCUCGUGCCGGUCAGAAAGAGCUCAUCACCAUUUCUGAUGACUCAGAUGAGGAACCUGUGACUUUUCUACCCGGUAGUCCUGUUUUAGUCCCUGACGACGCAGAUGACGACGACGUCAGCAUAUUAGAGCCGCCGACUCCUCCUGCGCGAAGGAAUAUAAUUCGCCAAGCGGCCAAAUGGAGCGGCAUCUUACACAAUGUCGGAGGUCAAAGCAGCGCGACGGCUGCCACCGUGGACCAGGGCUCCACCCCCUCUACCUCCAGGGACGCCAAGAUGAACCAGCCAGCCGUACCUGCGACGCCUGUCUCGCCAUCGCACGCACAGCCUCAGCCAAAGUUUCAUCCGUGCGCCCGGCGACGGGACGAUGUGUUGGACCGCUCUGCAGACACCCCGUCUACCUCCACGCACGGCAGCGGCACGUCGUCGGAUAUGGCCAGAGUUAUUCCGGUUCAGCCAAGCACAUUUGGGCCGCCGCAGCCCCCUGCUGGCUCCUCGGGACAUUCGCUGCAGCGUAAGACCACCGCCUCUUCCAGUGCUGCACAAUAUAACAGCACAGGUACGGCGAUCGCUUCUUCCUCCUCAACGCCUCAAGAAACGCCGUGCACGAGUGGACUACGGGUACCAGCCAGUACUCAGGCCAGCACUUCAUUUGCACAUGUUCAAACUCCCGCACGGACUCAGCCUCAGCCUGGUACUUCUGCACAGCUCCAGACCAGUAGAGCCCCACCCACACAGCCUCAGCUCAUCCAGAUCAAGAGGGUAAACCUGCUCGUUCUUCCGCAGCAGCCGAGCAUCCAGGCUUCGGCUCUAAUAACCCAGCCUCAGCUGCAGCCUAGGCCCACGAACUCCAUGCAGCCCGCCUCGCACAAUCAGAUGCAAGGCAACCUGGUUCAGAUUGAGCCGCAGCCCCUGGCCCAGGCCCCGGCCCAGCCUGUAGCUCGGCCCGCUCAGACGCCUCAGGUCGUACCAGUCGUCCCGCCCGCAGUUCUUAUCGCAGCUGCCCCAGAGAGAUUAGGUCCUCCUGAGGCAGGUCACCGGAUUAUCCUGGGGAGUCAGGCGCCUGUGGAGGCUGUUCCCAAUCCCCCGCCGCAGGCCGCAGCCGUUCCUCCACCGGCCCGCGUCCACAACGGCAGGCAGCUUAACCCUCGAGUGCCCAACAAUGGAGGAGAGGCCGGGCUCCCUCCGGCCCCGAACCCUGAACAAGUUAACCCGGCCCCCGCUCUGGUGGCGGUGCCCCCUGCACCUGAGGCUGCUCCCCAAAUAGAGGAUGCCAGACCCGGACCCUCGGUCCCCCAGGAAAGACCAGAUCAGCAGCCUCAUGUCAGAGCCCUUGUCGCCGGUGUUCUGGAUCUCCUCCCAGAUGUCCAAGAAGCAUAUGUAGCAGAACUGAUCCUUAGACAUAAUGUGAAAGACUUGAAUGAGAUCUGUAACCUGCUGCUGGAGAAUCCAGAGUAUCCCAGGAGGGAGACGGCUGCAGCCACAGCUGCUCCCAGCAGCAUCCUGCUGGAGUCAGGAGACACCCAGGCGGAGGUGACUGAGGAUCUGUUUGACUAUGCCAAGCUGAGCACAGUGGGGCCGGAGGUAAUCAUGCAGGCCGCUGACUUGCUGAUGGCGGACUUCAGAAUGCUCAGCUGUCAGGAUAUUAAAUGGGCCCUGAACUCCCUGAAGGGACACUAUGCAAUCACACGCAAGGCCUUAUGUGAAGCUCUGAAGAAGUGGCAGGAAUCCGGGGAUUCUUCAGGCAAGAGGCGACGGAGCAGGACCUCCACGGAACGCUGGUACAUCGAUUUCCAUUUUCAGCAAGGUUCGUUCAAGUUGGACAGAAGGAUGUACUUUUUGGAGAACGACCGCCGCUACUGCAGGACCUACAAAAAUCUGGAAGGUUCCAUUCAGAAGGAGCUGUCGUUCUAUCAGCAGAAGGCCAAGGAGUGGGCAGAGCAUGAAGACUUCCUCCUGGCGCUGCAGGUCAACGAAGAUGAAUAUAAGCAGGACGGUCAGCUGAUCGAGUGCGGCUGCUGCUUUGGGGAGUUUGCCUUCGAGAAGAUGACGCAGUGCUCAGAUGGACACCUGUUCUGCAAAGAGUGCCUGGUUAAAUAUGCUCAGGAGGCAGUAUUCGGCUCUGGAAAGUCGGAGCUGAGCUGCAUGGCGGACGGCUGCCCCUGCUCGUACCCGGUGUGUGAGCUGCAGAAGGUCCUCCCCGACAACAUUCUGUGUAAAUACAACGAAAGGCAAGCUGAGGAGGCGGUGGCAGCCACCUGCGCUGAUGAAUUAGUCCGGUGUCCAUUUUGUAACUUCCCAGCCUUGUUGGACAAAGACAUGUCUCUGUUCAGCUGUCCCAACCCUCGCUGCCGCAAGGAGAGCUGCAGGAAGUGUCAUGUCCAGUGGAAGCAGCAUGUAGGAAAGACCUGUGAGCAGGUCCUGGAGAGAGACGAGAUCCGGAUGAGGGUGCUGUUCGAGGAGCGGAUGACCGCGGCCCGGGUCAGGAAGUGUGUGAAGUGCGGGACGGGCCUGGUGAAGUCCGAGGGCUGCAACCGGAUGUCGUGCCGCUGCGGCAGCUUCAUGUGCUACCUGUGCCGAGAGCCCAUCACGGGCUACAACCACUUCUGCCAGCACGCCCGCUCCCCCGGCGCCCCCUGCAGACACUGCCGCAAGUGCUCGCUCUGGACCGACCCCACGCAAGACGAUGAGAGAAUCAUUCAGGAGAUCCAGAAGGAAGGUGAAGCUGAGCUGAGUAAGAAGUGCGCAGAUAAUUCAGGGAAGAGGGUCGGCCCGCCCCCGGAGGUCAUCCCUGACACUAAACGUCCCAGAGUGGGUCCACCCCCGGAGAACCCAGCCCAGCCCAAUGCCCCGGCCCCAGCUCCUCAACCCCCACAAGCGGUACAAGCCCCCCUGUUCGUCCCUCCGCGCGCCCGCUACCACCCGCCGCCGCCUCCACAGGCUCUGAUCUACCGCCCCGUCAUCCUACCUCGACUGCCCCCGGCGCCUUACGUGCCGCCGCUGCAACACCUACCCCCCCUGAACAAUAACAACAACAACAACCAGCACAACCACAACCCCCCCUUCAACCCCCACCACAACAUGGACCUGCCCAUGCAUUACGGACCCCCACCACACUACUACAGACGCUACUAACACUGUGUGGUGAGUUUGACGCCCCCCCUCUUCUUUUUCCAGAUGCAAACACUACGUCAAAGCUUUCAUUUCUGAUCAACAAACCUUUUCUUCAUCAUAUCAUCAAAUCAUUUAUGACAUUAAGACUCUUAUUUGCUCUCUGCUGAUUAAAGAACUGAAAUAUUCAAGAGGACUUUCCCCCUUUUUUUCCCUCCAUUUUUUUUUCUCUUUACAGACCCAAAAUAAACGAAGGACAGCUGAGAAUGGAGGAAUUUUGUCUGGUUUCUACAGAUAUUUUUCAGUAAUAAAAAUGUACAAAAGUAAAAAAAACAGAGAAAACCUUGAUGCUAGCAUUUCUUUCUGUAUUUUUGUCUAACAGCUGUGAGUUUUCUAAUAAAGUUUUGUUCAUGUUGCCUCUA